AUGGCAGACCGAUUUGCCCGGUUCCCCCGCGAGCUAACUGACAUGGUGCUAACAGAGCUCGUCCUCUUACACAACGACGAGCCUGCCCACCAGUGGACUCAUCUCCGCUUGCUCUCUCGGCACCUCAAGGCUUCAGUUGAGCAGCAUUUCCGAGACUUUUGGUUACCCAAGCUCUCUUUCGCCAUAUCUAUCUAUGGCUUGUCUAACGCCGAGUUUAUUGUUUUUCGUCUUCCUCAAGGAAAGAGUGCUAGGUUCGAAAAGAGAGAGGGAGACGAAAGUCGCGAAUAUGUGAUAUUCGAGGCAGAUUGUGACCACAAGUAUAUGGUCACUGCUCUUGGAAGCGAUCUGGCCACCUGGUUACAGAGAGCCACCCGCCCGGCGCUCUGGCUGCCAUGGAACCAUGAGUACCCAGAUCCCAUCAUUGUUCGACUCGGUGAAGGCACACUGAACAAGGGCUUCACAAAAGGCGGCAUAAUCAGUAACACCAUCAUCCCAGGUAUCAAGAUCAAUAUCACAAGCAAUCCGUGGGAACUGUCAUUCGACUGGAAGUCCAUGUUCACCUGGCUGCUCACCGAAGAAACAUUACUGCAGAGCUUUCGCGACAGGCUACUCCAGGACUUUCUACCAGAGAUCAAGACAGUAAGGAAAUGGGAAGCAAGACAGGUAGCUAUAUACGGCUUUCUACUUCGUCGCUACCAAAUCCAGCGUAGAUCCAUGCUAGCUGCAUACCGGGACCACGUCGCCCGGCAUACUUUGUCCGACGCGCCUCGAUCCUUGAAAUCUCCCGCUGAAACCUUCGACAUGACACCGUACGUAGAGCAACCCAAGUUGCGACAUCCUCGAGCCUUGAUUCUAGACUUCGACACUGCUGUUCUAGCCCUUGGCGGCGACCAAAGCGUCGUCUUCCAAAUCCCUGGCUGGCAAACCUGGUCUAUCCACCAACUCGCACGCAUGCGUAUCCUCGACGAAAUGAUUCACGACGACGUGCUUCCUUGUGGAAACUUUGGUGCUGACUGCGUGCGUUACUAUGCGGAUAUACUUGUGCGUCAGAGCAAAGCGCUGAAGAAGAGUAAGGAAAUUAGUGAUAGGACACUUGACAGGUACUUGAGGGGCCCAGUCACGAACCUCAUGUUGUUAUGGGUUUCAUGCGAUGCCCAAGAUACAGCUGCGUGUCAGAAUUUCCGUCUCGCCAUCGAUUUUCUGCAAAAGAUUGCCCUCUUUGCAGUAGUAUAUUUUUGUGUUCAUCUAUUUAGGCGCUCUGUACUCGGAACAUGUUGUCAACAAUAA